CGCACAGUGUUGCUUUAUACUUAUAUAUAUAGUUGCGAUAACCAAUACGUAUUUUGCUUGUUUUGUCUUUCUAACAUGAAAAAUUAAAAAUUAAGUUUAGAAGAAUUGUCUAAAUUAUUACGAAUGAAUUCAAAAUAUAAGUCCAUGCCUUUUGUUAUUCUUUAGAAAACUUUACUAGUAAAAGUAACAUAUAUUAUUACUUAUUAUUAAUCGACUAAGUUUUUUUUUUGCUACUUGCUAAUGUAAACAUUCGGUGAGAAACACGUGUAUCACUAGUUAAAACGCAUACUAUUAGGUUUAAAUAACGGCGUGUCUUAAAUGUUACAGUAUUAAAAUACUAUUGAAAGGACAAAAUUAGUUAAUGCGUACACGUAAAAAAAAUUUUUUUAUAUUAAAAAGUGUAAGAAAUCAGUAACCCUUUAGGAAAAAGGUCGUACAGCGAGAUAGUUCCUGAGCAAAAAAUUUAUUUUUGUUGUCGAGAAAAACGGCCUCAAACUGUGGGGUUCUGGAGCCUUUUUUCUUCCUGCACAAGGAAUGUACUACCCUCAUAUGGUGCAGACAGGUAUGGCUGCACCCUAUGGUGGGGGUGUAUUUCCUUCAGUAAAUGGAGUAGGAGUUAUCAAUCCUCCUGGAACAGGAGAGAUGAAAUCGUCUUCAGUUCCUACUAAGGAAGAAAAUGCAAGUACUCAGCAAAUCACAACCGGAGGGCAGACGCCUACUACUCAACAUUCUAACGUACCUGCACCACCUCAAACAAGUUUUAGCCCCUCUCCUCCAAAUGGCGUUGAGCAACAAGCUAUUUCGGAUGUAUUCCAGGCAGCUGUUGCGGCAGCAGCAGUGGUAGCUGCAACUGGGAGCAGUCAACAGCCAAUAUCUGUAACAACAAGUUCUAAUGAGCCUAAUUCUGAAGGGAGUACAGAUAACAAUAACUUGACAUCAGUCACUUCUGGAACAGGAACGCCGGCAAUUCCAACACAGACUACUGAUUUCAAGGGUCAACCAAAACGUCUUCACGUUAGUAACAUACCUUUUCGGUUCAGAGAUCCCGAUUUAAGAGCUAUGUUUGGCCAAUAUGGACCCAUCCUUGAUGUUGAAAUUAUAUUCAAUGAACGUGGCAGCAAGGGAUUCGGUUUUGUAACAUUCGCAAAUAGUGCUGACGCGGACCGAGCACGUGAGAGGCUACAUGGCACCGUGGUUGAGGGCAGGAAGAUUGAGGUAAAUAAUGCUACUGCUCGAGUACAAACAAAGAAGCCACCCUCUUUACCAAAUGUUUGUAUGCAGUGGCCAGAAGCUGCUGCUUUGAGGGGAGUUGCAAUUCAAAGGGGACGAAUAGGUACAACAAGAACAGCCUUUCCUACAACUGCUGCAGCUUUGGCUUUAACUCGGAAUCCAAACUCCAUUACAGCAGCAGCAGCCGCUACCUCUUUACAUCCUUUUACACCAACUGUCUACUAUGAUCCAUUUUUAGCAGCACAUGCAGCAACACAGGAUUCAAAUUAUAGAUUACAGGCAGCAGCAGCAGCUGCCGCAGCAGCAUCUUCACCACUAUUAAAGACACCACUUUCAAAUGCUCAACAAGCAACUUAUGCAGCUGCAGCUACAUAUACAGCUGUAGCAGCGCGUGCAUAUGGAGCAGCAGCAGCUUCUCAACCAGUAGCUGGAUAUGCAGCUGUGGCGGGUUACGGUCGAGAGUAUGCUGAUCCUUACCUGAGCCAUGGAAUUGGUCCUGUCACUGGAUAUGGGGCAACUGUCUAUAGAGGUGGAUAUAGUAGGUUUACGCCAUAUUAAAAUCUAAAGUAUAUUGAAGAUAAUGAUGAAAAUACGAACUCACCGUAUUUACCAAUUUUUGAUGCCUGUACAAGAAACACACGAUAAAUCUGCAUAAUCAUAUCGACAACAAAAAUUUAUCUUAAAACUUUUUACAACCACUGAAGUAUUUAUUGUUUACUGAUAACUGUUGCAAAUAACAUUUUUUGUAGCUUAUACUUUUGCUCCAUGACAAAAAUCAUAAGCUAAUGACAUUGAGCCAUGACAGAAAAAUAACUGUAAUUUAACGAAUCGAUGGACUGACAAUGGAGAAAAUUCACACGACAUUUAAAAAAUGAGGUUGAUUUCAUUUUCGAAACUUUUUCGAUAUUGAUCUGUAGUCGAUCAUAAUAAUAAUAAUAAAUGUAAGCCUAACUCAAAUCUAAGAUAACAACAACAUUUUAAAUAAUGAGCUCUUUUUAAAAUUAGCCAUUCUUAUGCGAAAUUACUGAUCUUAUGUAAUAGAAAUAACAUUAUUUGACUUACUCAUGCAAUAAUCUUAAACUCAUUAUUUUUAUUUUUAUUGCAUCAUAAAUUUCGCAGUAUGUGGUAGAAAAUUGAAAAAAUGUAAAAUUAACAAUUUUUUAUCAAUAGAAUCAUGUAUUUGUAAAUGAAAUAUCUUUAUAUUUUUAUUCAUAUAUUACUUUUUAAAAAGUAAGUUACUGUUGAAGAUAAAUGAUAAUGAGGUAAAGAGGAAGUUAUUUCACGAAUCCGAAUAUUGUAACAAAUUAAUAAUAUAAAUUCUCUAGUAAUAAUUAUUAAACAAGAGUAUACUAAAUUUAAUUCAGAAAUAAAUAAUAGUAAUAAAAUAUCUUACUAAUUAUCACAUACGUCAUAAUUAGAAAGAUUAUAUCAUGAAUUUAUUUAUUUCUAGGUUAAGUAUACUACCGUCAUUGUUUAAUAAUUAUUAAAUUUAAUAACAGUUUUGUAAUUUGAUUGUCUGCCUGUAUAGGUAUAUACAUUCUCGAAUAUAAAAUCAUUCAACUAUUCAUCGAAGCAAGUAUAAUUAUCAAAUAAAAUCAAUAAAUAAACCAUACAAUCUUGUAAUAUAAAGUUACUAUUCAAUUCAUUUUUAAGCAAUUAUCUCAAUCAAUUUCCUGAAUUUUUUGUAGAGUAAGAAUUAUUAUAAAGUAAAUAUAUUUGUUAUAAUCGUCUUAUCAUGUAUAACAUAACACCAAAGAUUAUUAAAAAAAAAUACUUGCUUACAUGUAAAUCCGAUAAAAGAAAUGAAUGAUAUAUUUGAUCAAAUAGUAUGCAAAAUUUUGAAUGGAUUGUGUAAGCAGAUAAUCAGCGCACAGAAUAGUCACUCAAGGAUUAAUCAUUUUACAAAGUUGUUUUGACAGUAUUUAAGCUUGUAUCAUUAUGGAAAAUACCAUAGAUUCAAUUUUAAAUAUAGUAGAAUCCGGUAAUUGAAAGACAGAGCAAACAUAUAUUAUAAGCUUAAUGAUUUAAAAAAAUUAAUUGUCAAAUACUCAAAAAAUUAUCAACUGAUAGAAAAUAUUAUAUUAUUGUAUUGUAAUACCACCACAUUCAUUAAAAAUAUUAUCUUCCGAAGGUGCCAUCAAACUUCCGUUGAAUUUUAUCAUUCUUUAGAAUUAAUAUUUGU